AUGACUGUCAACCCCAUGGAUCUAGGUGAUAAUGAUCGCUUUCUGGCAUUGUCACCAGAGAGACCUCCACUACCUUACACCAAAGGUUGGCGAUUCACCGUGCAAUCCCAUGUGCCACCUCCACCCACACCGGUCAUACACGAAAAUCUGAGAUAUACCGACAGCGAUUUUGACAAGCUAGAAAGACUGAGCCCUAUUGAUUUCUGUUUACUACUUCCACCGUUACCAGGGGAAAAGGGCUCAAAUACCCUAGAUCUUGAAAUCGUUGACCUGAUAGCUGUUGGAGAACCCCGUAAUUGCCAGGUGUUCACAGUCAAAGCUCUACAAGGGAUAUCAGAGAAGCCCCUCCCGAGCAUACUACUUGCAAAGGUCUAUGACCCUCUUUAUUUUGAUGAUACCAACUACUGGAUGGCGGGUUACCGAUUCAUGGAUCGAUCCUACACCCAUGAGACACUUGCAAGCUCAGAAAAUACCACCUAUGGGUCAUACUCAGUUGAUAUCUCAAUCGAAACUCCCAAGGGUAUCAUAGCAAGACCUGUUCGCCUUAUCCUGAUUGAGUAUAUCCCGGGAACAGAUAUGCAAAAAGUCACACCUUCAAAUUUCAGCCAAGAGGAUCGGCAGCAGAUCAUGAAGAAUAUUGUUGAUAUUGAAACAAGUAUCCAUGCAAAAAAUAUCUUAUUAUGUGACUGCUGCCCACGAAAUAUUAUACUGCCAGAAAGCAAUCCAACAAACGUCAAAUUUAUUGAUUUUGAUGCUGUAUGGUUCGACCGUCGACCUGAUGACGCACACCCUUUUUUGCUUAUCGGGCACAAGUUUCUCGGUCAGUAUAUCACUCCUCUUUAUCAGUGGCGACAAAAGCCCCGCCGAAAAUUUGGUGACUGGGUAGACUGGGACUGGAAGCCAUGGCUGCAGGUUGAAUUUGCACAUACUGCAUCGACAAUCACACCAGAAAUUCGAGAUCGUUUUGGACCUCGGCCUGGUGACUUGGGAGAGGAUUGUGAGAAUAGGAAAGACCAGCAAAUUGAAUGCUGA